AUGUCUCGUCCUGUGCACAAAAGGCCAGAAUAUCACAAAAUAAACAAAGACCUUUUUGUGCUCACCUAUGGAGCUCUGGUUGCCCAGCUAUGCAAGGAUUAUGAAAAAGAUGAAGAUGUGAACAAAUACUUGGAUAAAAUGGGUUACAACAUUGGAACACGGCUGGUGGAAGAUUUUUUGGCUCGAUCCUGUGUGAGAAGAUGCCAUAGUUAUUCAGAAAUUAUCGACAUAAUCGCCCAGGUUGCUUUCAAGAUGUACUUGGGAAUUACACCGAGUGUGGCCUGCCACAAUUCAAGCAGAAAUGAAUUUUCCCUGAUUCUACACAAGAAUCCUCUAGCAGAAUUCGUAGAAGAACUGCCUGCUGGGCGGUCUGCGCUGUGCUACUGCAACUUACUCUGUGGGAUCAUCAGAGGGGCCCUGGAGAUGGUUCAUUUGGCUGCUGACGUUACAUUCUUGCAAGACAGACUAAAAGGCGACAGUGUGACAGAAAUCGGAAUAACAUUUCUGAAAAAGCUGGACGAGAAAAAAUAUAGACGGAAAAAAUGAAGACUAGCAUGCAGAGAGCCGCUGGUAGCUGGCUGUCCAGUAU